AUGAUCUUGCUUUCCAAAAUUUUUACAGAAAAGGAUGCUUUGGCCACUGGGUAUAUCCUUAGUUCUGUUGACAAGAACAUUCAAAGUACAUGUGAUGACUUUGAAACGACAAAAGAGAUCAUGAAACACUUGGAGGAGACAUUUGGAAAGCAAGAUCAUCUUACUCAUCCAAAAAUCUCCUCUGCAUUGUCCUCUGCUCAAAUGGCUGAUUCAACAUCUAUCUUGGAUUAUAUAAUGAGAAUGAACAAAUACUUCCAAGAAUUAGAGGGUUAUACGUCAAUCUUUGAAUUGGAUUUCAAGAUUGAGAUCAUUUUUGCCACACUGCCAGACUAUUGUUACACUUUGUUUAUUGUGAACUAUCACAUGAAUAGGGUGACAGUGAACGCCAUUUCUGAGUUGACCAAUAUGCUUACAGAAGCAGAAGGUAUAGUCAAGAAAAGCAAGGCAGUGGCUCUUGUCACUGAGAAGCAUUCUCAGUCUUCCAAACUUAAGAAGAAGAGGAAGAACAAGAAGAAUAUGGGUAAACGUAACACCCCCAUGAGUAAAGAGGGAGGGGAUCAGAAAAUGAAAGGCAAACUGCUAAAGGAAACUAUUUCUUUUAUGGUAAGACAGGUCAUUAGAAGAGGAACUGCUAUGAAUACCUUGCCUCAGUGA